GGAAAAGCCGAUGGAGGAAGCAGGAAGUUCGUCUACAAGAAGGAGGAGAGCCUGAGCACGUAAACAAUACACAAAGAACAGAACAAAACCCAAAGUUUUUUCUCCCGUUUACCGCAAUGGCCGGCAUUAAAGCACUGGUUGGUUUGUCCUUUAGUGGUGCCAUUGGACUGACAUUUCUUCUGCUGGGAUGUGCACUGGAACAGUACGGGGUAUACUGGCCGCUGUUUGUCCUGAUUUUCUACGUAUUAAGCCCCAUCCCGACCUUCAUAUCCAGACGCCUCAGUGACGACACUGAGUCCUCCAGCAAUGCGUGCAGAGAGCUGGCCUACUUCUUAACAACUGGCAUCGUAGUGUCAGCUUUUGGGCUUCCUAUUGUCCUAGCCCGCGUUAACACGAUCCAGUGGGGUGCCUGUGGGCUGGUGAUGACCGGAAACGCUGUCAUUUUCCUCACCAUUCUUGGCUUUUUUGUUGUGUUUGGAGGUGGGGAUGACUUCAGCUGGGAGCAGUGGUAGAGUGCCUUUGGAGAGAGAUGGACAGAUGGGUGGGUGGGUAGGUGGAUAGUUGAGCGAACGGACUGCAGACUGAGGGGCACAUGAGUCCUGCCCUCAGUGGGGGAUGAUGUGUAGGCCGCAAAAUGUCAAACCAGACCAGCAUGUUACCAGGCUGAUUUUUAUAUUAGGGGUGGUUGGAGACAAUACAAUGUACUCUAUUAAUGUGCCUUAUGUCUGGGACCAGGGAGACGCUGUAGCCUCAACCUCUCUUAUGCACCAUCACUAUCCAUCUUUACCCGUGUAUUUUAGCUUGUCGUGCCUUUGUUUAAACCCUGAUUUCACCCUGCUCACUGCAGCUGUCUGCUAUUUCAUUAUGCCUCAGUUAAUCAAUAUCAUAAAGGGAUCCUAAGUAGUAACUCUGUUGUAAUGUGCACUGCAAAGCUUACCGCAUUAUCUGUCCUCAGUGUUCAAGGAGUAAGUGGCUAUACUGAUUUAUACCUUGCUUACUAUGAGCACUGUUUGCUGUUUAUAGUGUUAAGACAGGGCAAGUUACCUUAAUCAAUGCUAUUUGACAGUUAGUUACAGGACUCCUAAUCAGGUAAAGAUUAUCAUGUUUGUAUGAUGUGUGUCGUUUUUUGGUUUGGGUUUUUUUUUCAUUUUGCCUUAAGACUUUAAAGCCUUACUUUCUAUUUCAAUGCAAUUUGUUUACAUUUUUCACCAAAGAUCAUUUUAGACUGCAAAAAUGGAGCAUAAUCCCCACUGAAGUGUGAGUUUUGGAUUUGUGCUAUGCAGUAACAUGAUCCUCAAAAGCCAGCCGAGGCAUUUAACAAAGCGCUGUUUUGUGUGAACAGUCCAGAGACAGUAGCUCAUUUUAUAUUCCUGUCCACAACAAAGAAAGUUCAGCAUAAGAUCUAAUAUCAUAAAUUCUAUUUUUACAUGUUGACUGGUAAAUACUGUACAUGUAUGUUUGUAAAUCAAGAGCACUUUGUCCUAAUGGAGGCCUUCUCAUUGAUAAAUGCCUGCGUUUAACAAUGUAUCUUUUAAUCUACAGAGAAAUCACUGUGUUUGGGUUUUGAGUGGUUUUGUCUUUCAUUAUCAGGGGCCGUUGAGGGGGCCUCAGUACCUAUAAAUUACAACUACAUCCUCAUAUUCUAUUUCGCCAUUGUCAGUAACAAACUAUUGAGAUUCUGAAGUGAGACUAUCACAGAAAAUUCUAUUUGUGUCUUGUAUAAUUUCUGAUUUCUCCUUAAUGUCUGAUACACAACUGUUUUACCGAGUGAAAUAAUUUCAAUGUGUGUAUGUAACUGACAUGUUCAAUAUCAUCUCCAGGAAGAAAGUUUGUUAUUUCUAUUGACUCCCAUACCGACACUUUGAAAACACUAAGGAGUGCUUAAGAGCUCUCUGAGGUUACUUCAGAAGCUCCUGACUGCAUUCUGUUUUCUAACAUUGAUUAAAACUCUCUGUGUAGUGAA